GCCUCUCUCUCUCUCUCUCUCUCUCUGUCUGUUGGGAUCAUCAUCGUCGUUGUCGUCGUCCUCAAUUUCCGAUAUCAUAAUUGAUUGGAAGAAGAGGAAGCGGAAAACAUGUUUAAAUUCUUGAAAGGAGUGGUAGGGGGAUCUGGAACGGGCCUCAAGGAUCUACCUUACAACAUAGGGGAUCCUUACCCUUCCGCUUGGGGCUCUUGGUCUCACUUUCGCGGCACCUCCAAGGAUGAUGGAUCUCCGGUGUCUAUAUUUUCUCUUUCCGGUAGUAAUCCGCAGGAUGGCCAUUUGGCUGCUGGUCGAAAUGGUGUCAAGCGUCUUCGAACUGUGAGGCAUCCAAAUAUUUUGUCAUUUCUUCAUAGUACUGAGGUUGAAGCUUUGGAUGGCUCUACUACAAAAUUUACCAUCUAUAUUGUCACAGAGCCUGUUAUGCCAUUGUCUGAGAAGAUCAGGGAACUAGGUUUAGAAGGUACACAAAGGGAUGAAUAUUAUGCCUGGGGGCUGCACCAAAUAGCUAAAGCUGUGAGCUUUUUAAAUAAUGACUGCAAACUUGUUCAUGGCAAUGUUUGUUUGGCAAGUGUUGUUGUAACACAGACCUUGGACUGGAAGCUACAUGCUUUUGAUGUUCUAUCUGAGUAUGAUGGGGGUAAUGAAUCUGCUUCAGGACCAAUGCUGCAAUAUGAAUGGCUUGUUGGAUCUCAAUACAAACCAAUGGAAUUGGCAAAGUCUGACUGGGUCGCAAUCAGAAAAUCUCCACCAUGGGCUAUUGAUUCUUGGGGUUUGGGAUGUCUUAUUUAUGAGAUCUUCUCCGGCAUGAAGUUGGGCAAAACUGAGGAGCUGCGUAACAUUGCUUCUAUUCCAAAGUCUCUGCUUCCAGAUUAUCAGCGGCUUUUGAGCUCCAUGCCAUCUCGCAGGUUGAAUACAUCAAAGCUUAUAGAAAACAGUGAAUAUUUCCAAAAUAAGUUGGUAGACACAAUUCAUUUCAUGGAAAUUCUUAGUUUGAAAGACAGUGUUGAGAAGGAUACAUUCUUUCGCAAGCUUCCUAAUUUAGCAGAACAGCUUCCUCGCCAAAUUGUGUUGAAGAAGUUACUUCCUUUGUUAGCCUCUUCCCUUGAAUUUGGUUCGGCUGCUGCCCCUGCUUUGACUGCACUGUUGAAAAUGGGUUCUUGGCUUUCAGCUGAAGAAUUUACUCUGAAGGUGCUGCCUACAAUUGUGAAACUUUUUGCUUCUAAUGACCGAGCCAUUCGCGUUGCUCUCCUACAGCAUAUUGAUCAAUAUGGAGAAUCUCUAUCGGCUCAAGUUGUUGAUGAGCAAGUCUACCCCCAUGUUGCUACUGGAUUUGCAGACACGUCUGCAUUUCUCCGGGAAUUGACUCUUAAGUCCAUGCUUGUAUUGGCUUCUAAGCUUUCGCAACGUACUAUGUCAGGCUCUUUAUUGAAAUAUCUUUCCAAGUUACAGGUUGAUGAAGAGCCUGCAAUUAGAACAAAUACCACAAUAUUACUUGGAAACAUUGCAAGCUACCUAAAUGAAGGGACUCGGAAGAGAGUUUUGAUUAAUGCUUUUACAGUCCGUGCAUUGCGUGAUACUUUCGCUCCUGCCCGAGGAGCAGGAGUUAUGGCUUUAUGUGCCACCAGUUCUUACUAUGACAUCACUGAGAUUGCUACACGUAUUCUUCCAAAUGUUGUUGUACUUACCAUUGAUCCUGACAGUGAUGUAAGGUCAAAAUCAUUUCAAGCAGUUGAUCAAUUUUUACAGAUAGUGAAGCAAUACAAUGAGAAGAGUAAUGCUGGAGAUGCUGCUGGCACUACAAGUGUAGGUAUCUCAUCAAUGCCAGGAAAUGCUAGUUUACUGGGAUGGGCCAUGAGCUCCCUGACUCUCAAAGGUAAACCUUCUGAUCAAGCUCCAGUUGCUGGUGCCAAUUCUGUCACUCCUGCAACUACCACAACCUCUACACCCAGCUCAGGACUAAUAGAAAUACCAAGUACAGCACCAGUCCACCGUGUAAGUUCCAGUACAGACUUUGCCGAUCAACCCACGCCUCCAUCCCCUACUUCAACUGAUGGCUGGGGAGAAAUUGAAAAUGGCAUUCACGAAGAAGAGGACAAUGAGAAAGAUGGAUGGGAUGAUAUUGAACCCCUUGAAGAGCCAAAGCCAUCUCCGGCCCUGGCAAAUAUUCAGGCAGCUCAGAAGCGUCCUGUGUCACAACCAGUUUCGCAGCCUAAACCACAAGCAGCUAAAAGUUUGCGACCUAAAAGUACAGUGAAGGUGGCGCAAGAUGAAGAUGAUGAUUUGUGGGGUUCUAUAGCUGCUGCUCCUCCUAAAACUGCUUCAAAACCAUUGAAUGUGAAAACAGCUGGAGCAGCUGAUGAUGAUGAUCCCUGGGCAGCUAUUGCAGCUCCCCCUCCUACAACCAAGGCGAAACCUUUAUCAGCAGGACGAGGGAGAGGAGCUAAACCUGCUGCUCCAAAACUGGGUGCACAAAGGAUAAACCGGACAUCCUCAUCUGGGAUGUAAGUUACAAGCAAAAGAACACAAAUGAAGGAAACGAAAAGAUCAGGUUUUGUACAUUUCCUCUUCUGGUGACUGGUUUGACAUCAAAAUUUAAUGAGCCUUUGUCACCAAGUUGUAUCUGCUACUUUUCUCUGGCAUAUUAUUUGAUUUGUAAUAUCAUUCUUUUUUCACCAAAUGUUGUUUGCUGGUCUUAACUGUCAAUUAUGAAGAAACUAGCCUUUGAAAGACUGGUGCGCAGUUUUGAUCUUUGUAUUGUUUAGGGAAUUAUAACUGAGCUUGUAAACAAAACUCUAAUGUAUUCCUUCCAAAGAAUAAUGGAAAAUUCUCUGGCUAUAUCAGUUUCUGUUAA